ACCAUCCACCAGCAACAUGAAAGUGAUCAGCCUGUGCCUUCUCGUCGUGGCCUCGGCCAGCUUCCUCCUGACCACCGUCAACGCCAAUGCCGUGGAUGCCUUCGAGGACUUCGAGCAUUACACCGAUGCCGAGCUUGAGGAGAUGAUCGAAAACGAGUUGCUCGACCUGGACAACGACUAUAUGGGCGUCGAGGAGUUCGGCUUCAUCCGAGAGGUCAGGAAGAUUGUGUGGGCUGGCUACAAGGGCGUCAACGGCACCAAGUGCCUCGUCGAGGAGGUGGCCAAUGUCCUGCUCGUCUGCACCAGGUACGUCGACGACCUGGCCACCUGCACCGGCAACAUCCCGCGGGACGUUAAGCUGAUGCUGAACAACGCCAAGCAGAUGAUCGUCAUCAGCGACAGUAUCAUCCACCUGAACUCCAAGCUCUGCGCCGCCAAGAGCAGGAGCGUCGGCUCCGCCGUGAUGAGCGCUGCCCAUUGUUGCAAAAAUUUGUCAGUCGCCACCAUGAAACUCGCCUACCGCAUUAACUUAAUGCUUAAACUGGGCAAUCAUUUCCCCACAAAAACCGCCACCUGCUACACCGAAGCCACCAGCAACGUGGUCGCCGGCUGCAACGCCUUCUUGCCCAACUGCAAGACCUGCAUCGCCAGCAUGUCCUAAGCAAUGUCAGAAGUUGGUAAUAAAACCAUGAGAUUAUAAGCAAAGCA